AUGCUAUUCACAAACCAGAUUUUGCGCCUCGGUAGCGCCUUAGUCCUCGGGGCCGCAGCGACUCAAGCUGCCUACACGAUCCAAGAUUCGUACGACCAGACAAACUUUUUCGAGGGUUUCGAGUUCUUCAGUCUCCCUGAUCCGACAAACGGGUUUGUCAGGUAUCAGACAGCGAUCGAGGCAAAUGCCCAGUCGCUUGCUGGCUUAGCCAACGAUGCCGUUUACCUAGGCGUCGACUACACUACCAUGAACCCUAUCGGUGGUCGUGGAUCCGUCAGAGUCAACUCUAAGAAGACUUAUAGUAACGGUCUUAUUAUUGCUGAUAUUGCUCAUCAGCCAGCUUCCCAAUGUGGAACUUGGCCAGCGUUCUGGACUGUUGGCCAAGAUUGGCCGUUUAACGGGGAGAUUGAUAUUAUUGAAGGCGUGAACCUCGAUACGAAUAGCACUUACACUCUCCACACUGGUCCUGGAUGUACAUUCUCGCAGGGCGAUUGCAAUGCUCCAGGAACCGGGAACCUCGGUUGUGGAACUUCGAGUCAAGACACGCAAACCUUCGCAGACGGCUUCAACGAGAUCGGUGGUGGUAUCUUCGCCGUGGAGUGGACUUCGUCAGCCAUUAACAUAUUCUUCUUCCCGCGAAACGGCGACAUCCCUCAAGAUAUCGCAGCGGGACAACCCGAUCCUAGUACCUGGGGUAGACCUCAGACUUCGUUCUCGGGAGAGGGCUGCGAUAUCCCAAGCCACUUCAAGGAGCACCAGAUCGUCUUCGACACAACGCUGUGCGGUGAUUGGGCUGGAAAGGUAUUUGGCAGCGACCCUGUCUGCGCUGCCAAGGCGUCUUCGUGCCAGGACUAUGUAGCGCAGAACCCGGAGGCGUUCAAGGAUUCGUACUGGUUAAUCAACUCAGUCAAAGUGUUCUCGGACGGUUACGCGACGAAGCGAGACGGUGCUGUCCGGAGACGAUUUACAGCGUAG